AUGGGCAAGCUUCUGCUUCUGACUGGUCUGGCCGUUCUGCUGCAGCUGCAGCUGGCCUCAUCCACCAACAUUGUGUGUUACUUCACCAACUGGUGCCAGUACCGGCCUGGAAUUGCACGUUACAUGCCAGAAAAUGUUGACCCAUGCCUAUGUACUCACAUUAUCUAUGCCUUUGCUGGCAUGCAAAGCAACCAGAUCCAGACCAUCGAAUGGAACGAUGUGGCCCUCUACGCUGGCAUCAAUGGACUCAAGAGCUACAAUCCGGACCUGAAAACCCUGCUGUCUGUUGGAGGCUGGAAUUUCGGUACCCAACAGUUUUCCACCAUGGUUUCCACUGCUCAGAACCGGCAGACCUUCAUCCAGUCUGCCAUCACUUUCCUUCGCAAGUAUGGCUUUGAUGGUCUCGACAUUGACUGGGAAUAUCCUGGUAACAGAGGCAGCCCCGCUGAUACUCAACAGCUCUUCACUGUCUUGAUGCAGGAAAUGUAUGAAGCUUUCGAGGCGGAGGCUACAAAGAGCAACAAACCCAGGCUGCUGAUCUCUGCCGCAGUGUCUGCUGGUGUGGGCACCAUUGAAACUGCCUAUCAGAUCCCUCAGAUGUCCAAGUACAUGGACCUGAUCAAUGUGAUGACCUACGACCUGAGGGGCUCCUGGGAAGGCUUCACAGGGGAGAACAGCCCUCUCUAUGCAGGUCCUGCUGACCAGGGCUCAUACAUUUACUUCAAUGUGAACUACUCCAUGAAUUACUGGAAGGACCACGGUGCUCCCGCUGAGAAGCUGAUGGUUGGAUUUGGAGCUUAUGCCCGCACCUUCACACUCAGCAACCCCUCUAACCAUGGCCUGGCAGCUCCGACAUCUGGCCCAGGUGCAGCAGGAGAAUACACCCAGUCAGCCGGGACCCUAGCCUACUUUGAGGUCUGCCAGUUCCUGAAAAGUGGGGCUACCACAGUGUGGAACGCUCCUCAGGAGACCCCGUAUUCCUACAAAGGAAAUCAGUGGAUCGGCUAUGACAACCCGAAGAGCUUUGCCAUCAAGGCUAAGUGGCUGCUGGAGAACAAGUUUGGAGGUGCCAUGGUUUGGGCUAUUGACCUGGAUGACUUCCUCGGCACGUUCUGUGGGGAAGGCAAAUACCCUCUGAUGAAUUCCUUGAAAUCUGCCCUUGGCGUCACCACCCCCAACUGCAAGGUUCCAGCCACCACUCUUGGCACUGCUGCUAACCAGCCAGCCAAGCCAACCACAGCUGCCCCUGCUACCAAAAGCACUGAAAGCUCAGGUGGCAAACCAAGCUCUAGUGAAAAACCAAGCUCUAGUGAAAAACCAAGCUCUGGUGGCAAACCAAGCUCUGGUGGCAGCCCAAGCAGUGGCAACAGCAACUUCUGUGCUGGCAAGGCCAGUGGCCUCUACCCAGAUCCCACCGAUAAGAACAGCUUCUACAACUGCGUGAAUGGCAGGACCUUCCAGGAGCACUGUGCGAGUGGCCUGGUCUUCGACACCAGCUGCUCCUGCUGCAACUGGGCAUGAACACAACAGCCACUGGACCCACUUUCACCCAAUAGAUACCGACAAUGUAGUCAAGAGCAUGAUAAAUAA